AUGGCGAAUAUUCCGAUGGAUAUCAUCACCGAUUUAUUCCUCCGUCUACCAGCAACAACUCUCGUUCGAUUUCGCGUACUCUCAAAGCCUUACUUCUCUUUAAUCGACAGUCCCGAUUUCAUCGCAUCUCAUCUCAAUCACACACUCCAAACCGGAGAUCACAUCAGGAUCUUACUCCGAGGUCCUCGUCUUCUCUGUACAGUAGAUCUCGAUUCACCGGAUAAAGUCUCCGACGUCGAGCAUCCACUAAAAGCUGGUGGUCUAACCGAAGUUUUCGGCUCUUGCAACGGUUUAAUCGGAUUAUCGAAUUCUCCGACCGAUAUAGCGAUAUUCAAUCCGUCCACACGGCAAAUCCAUCGCUUACCGGCGGAGAUUGUUGAUUUCCNUGAAGGCUCGACGACUCGUGGUUAUGUGUUUUAUGGAUUAGGAUAUGAUUCUGUGAAUAAAGAUUACAAAGUUGUGAGAAUGGUUCAGUGUAAAGGAGGUAAAGCUGAUGAAUUGCUUUUUGGUUUCCCUUAUGAGAUCAAAGUUUUCAGCUUGAAGAAGAAUUCAUGGAAGAGAAUCAAACGUGUUAUUCCCGCGAUUCAAUUACUGUUCUACUUCUAUUACCAUUUGUUGUAUCGUCGUGGAUACGGUGUUUUAGCUUGCAAUAGUCUUCAUUGGGUUUUACCUCGAAGGCCUGGACUUAUCGCCUUUAACACGAUAAUAAGAUUUGAUCUUGCGACUGAAGAGUUUGGAAUCAUCGAUUUCCCGGAUAAUCUUGCUCAUGAGAAUAUCGAUAUAGGUGUGUUAGAUGGUUGCCUUUGUUUGAUGUGUAACCAUGAGUUUAGCUAUGUUGAUGUUUGGAUUAUGAGGGCAUAUAACGUUGAAGAUUCUUGGAGUAAGUUGUAUAGGGUACCGAAACCAAAGAGCGUAGAAUCGUUUGAUUUUAUGAGGCCUUUGCUUUAUUCCAAGGAGAGGGACAAGAUUUUGCUGGAGAUAAACAAUGCGAAGCUCGUGUGGUUUGAUUUGGAGAGUAAGAGGUUUAGAAAGAUUAGGAUAAAGGACUGUGAUAGCUCGUAUAGUGCAGAACUCCUUGUGAGUAGCCUUGUUUUGGGAUGUAAAGGAGAUCCUACUGAAGCAGAGCGCCGAAAAGAACGCAGAGCUCGAGAAGAUAAAAUGUUGGAACAGAGUAGUAAGAGGUGGUUAAUGUUAAUCUUUACUCUUUCGAUUUCCUGA